UUUGUCCUCCAGCCUCCCCCGGGCGCUGGGCCUGUGGGCCUGGUUGCUAGGCGGAAACGGGGCGGUGGCGGAGGCCGCGGCGGCUGCCCGGGUGUUUGAAAAGCGGCUACGGAGGCGGCAAAAGACCCCGCCUGCGGGCCGGAGACAGCGACCAUGGUCUCCAAGUCUGACCAACUGCUCAUCGUUGUGUCCAUCCUCGAAGGUCGUCAUUUCCCUAAACGUCCAAAGCAUAUGCUUGUUGUAGAGGCAAAGUUUGAUGGAGAACAGUUGGCUACUGAUCCUGUGGACCACACUGACCAGCCAGAAUUUGCUACCGAGUUAGCUUGGGAAAUUGACAGGAAAGCACUUCAUCAGCACAGACUACAGCGCACUCCUGUCAAACUCCAGUGUUUUGCCUUGGAUCCUUUGUCUUCAGCCAAGGAAACCAUAGGUUACAUUGUUCUGGACUUAAGAUCUGCUCAAGAAACAAAGCAGGCACCCAGAUGGUACCAGUUACUGAGUAAUAAAUACACCAAGUUCAAGUCUGAAAUACAGAUAAGCAUUGCUUUGGAAACAGAUACAAAGGCACCAGCAGAUAGUUUUAAAGCAAAGGGAGCACCCCCUCGAGAUGGAAAAGUACCUGCCAGCCUGUCUGGACUUGACCCCAGGGACAUUGUGGCAGUGCUGAAUGAGGAGGAAGGCUACCAUCAGAUUGGACCAGUGGAGUAUUGUACUGACUCCUUCAUUAUGUCGGUGACCAUAGCAUUUGCCACCCAGCUGGAGCAGUUAAUUCCAUGUACCAUGAAACUUCCAGAAAGACAACCUGAGUUUUUCUUCUACUACUCGUUACUGGGGAAUGAUGUUACAAAUGAACCCUUCAAUGAUUUGAUCAACCCAAAUUUCGAGCCAGAGAGAGCAUCUGUUCGCAUACGCAGCAGUGUAGAAAUUCUUCGUAUUUACCUGGCUCUUCAGUCUAAACUACAGAUCCAUCUCUGUUGUGGAGACCAGUCACUUGGAAGCACAGAAGUACCAUUAACUGGAUUACUCAAGAAGGGCAGCACAGAAAUCAACCACCGUCCAGUCACAGUUGAGGGUGCUUUUACCCUUGAACCCCCAAACCGAGCCAAACAAAAACUUGCACCUAUUCCUGUGGAGCUGGCCCCAACAGUGGGAGUGUCUGUGGCUCUGCAGAGAGAAGGCAUAGACGCCCAGUCUUUAAUUGAAUUAAAGACCCAGAAUGAACAUGAGACAGAACAUUCACAGAAGAGAGCUUUAACCCCCAUAAAGGAAAAGACACCCACUGUGCCAAAGUCACCAAGUGUGUCCCCUGCACUGCCUCACAACCAGUCACCUCCAACAAAAGACGAUGCAACGGAAAGUGAAGUGGAAAGUUUACAGUAUGAUAAGGACACAAAACCAAAUCCAAAGGCCAUGAAUUCUUCUGUACCGGCUUUGGCCCAGCCAGUGACCACGUCCAACGUUUCAGAAACAACUUCAGGACAGAAGGUUGCUGUUCCAGCAGCAUCACAUCACUUUUGCUUUUCAAUAGACUUGAGGAGCGUCCAUGACUUAGAAGUUGGUUUUCCAGUCAACUGUAUAUUAAGGUACUCCUAUCCAUUCUUUGGAAGCGCAGCUCCCAUUAUGACUAAUCCUCCUGUAGAAGUUCGGAAGAACAUGGAAGUAUUUCUGCCCCAGUCUUACUGUGCAUUUGAUUUUGCAACUAUGCCUCAUCAGCUGCAAGAUACCUUCUUAAGGAUUCCAUUGCUGGUUGAAUUAUGGCACAAGGAUAAAAUGAGUAAAGAUUUACUUCUCGGAAUUGCAAGAAUCCAGCUUUCCAACAUCUUAUCUUCAGAAAAAACUCGGUUUUUAGGUGCUAAUGGUGAACAGUGUUGGCGUCAAACUUACAGUGACAAUGUGCCGGUUAUAGCAGCACAAGGGUCAAAUAACAGAAUAGUAGAUCUUUCUUACACUGUGACCCUAGAAGAUUAUGGACUAGUAAAAAUGCGUGAGAUUUUUGUCUCUGAGUCAUCUCAGGGUUUACCAGCUCUACCACAGAAGCCAUCUUCUCUUCCUCCAGCACUUUGUCCUUCAGAAAUCCAGACAGAGCCUCGUGAAACCUUAGAAUACAAAGCAGCACUUGAACUAGAAAUGUGGAAAGAAAUGCAAGAAGACAUUUUUGAAAAUCAGCUAAAGCAGAAAGAACUGGCUCAUAUGCAAGCUCUUGCAGAGGAAUGGAAGAAAAGGGAUCGAGAGAGAGAAUCACUAGUAAAGAAAAAGGUGGCUGAAUAUACUGUUUUAGAAGGAAAACUUCAAAAAACCCUAAUUGACUUAGAGAAGAGAGAGCAACAACUUGCCAGUGCAGAUUCAGAGCUGCAAAGAGAAAAAAAGGAACUACAGUCAGAACGUGAACGAAACUUCCAAGAACUUCAGGACUGUAUCCGUAGGGCCAAAGAAGACUGUGUUCACCAAGUAGAGCUAGAAAGAUUGAAGAUCAAGCAACUAGAAGAGGAUAAACACCGACUUCAACAGAAGCUUAAUGAAGCUGAAAAUAAAUAUAAGAAUUUGGAAAAAGAGUUCCAACAUUUCAAGGAUCAACAGAGCAGCAAACCAGAAAUACGUCUACAGUCUGAAAUAAAUCUUCUCACCUUGGAAAAGGUUGAACUUGAAAGAAAGUUGGAAUCUGCAACUAAGUCCAAACUGCAUUACAAGCAGCAAUGGGGACGAGCUUUGAAAGAACUUGCCAGACUUAAACAGCGUGAGCAAGAAAGUCAAAUGGCUCGCCUUAAAAAACAGCAAGAAGAAUUAGAACAGAUGAGACUACGUUACCUGGCUGCUGAGGAAAAAGAUACAGUAAAAACUGAGCGACAAGAAUUGUUGGAUAUAAGAAAUGAAUUGAACAGGUUAAGGCAACAUGACCAAAAACAGUACGAGGACUCCAGAGAGAUCGCAACCGGAAAAAUGGAUAGCCCCCAUGGCAAAGCAUUGGAAGAAGGUUUGGAUGAUUAUUUGACCCGCCUAAUAGAAGAAAGGGAUACUUUAAUGAGAACGGGUGUGUAUAAUCAUGAGGAUCGAAUAAUAAGUGAACUUGACCGGCAGAUCAGAGAGGUUUUAGUAAAAAACAGUGCCAGUAAUGAAUAACAUUUGGGAAAUCUUUAUAGAGACUCCAGGUCUAAAUUUUAAUUUUAUUAUAAGACCCUCAAAAGGGGGGUAAAAUGGAUUUUUACCCAAAAAUUUUCAAUUUUUUUAUAAGCAAAAUUUUGUAUGUUACUGUAUAGUAUUUAUUUGAUUUUAUUACUUUAUGCUACCUCUCCCACACUGGUUUUAUUGUAAUUGCUUUUUGUACACUCAUUUUAAAUGACUCUUCAGUGUUUCUCAUAAUUUACAGUCUGAUGGCUAACUUUCAAAACGGCUUUUCACUAAAUUUGUUAUAGGAAAAAUGACUGCAGUGAUUUCUAGUUACAUAAUUUUUCAUGUUGAGCCAAAAAACUCUAUGUUGCACUUUAACAAUGCUGUGUCCUUGUUCCAUUUGAAUGUAGAUAUGUUAAAAGUUGAGACCAAUUGUAAGUGUAACCAGUUUUAUUUAACUCACUUUGGAUGACCUGUCUUAUUUUUUCCCUUUAACUUGUAACAUUUGCAAGUGACCAAUUUGCAGACAGAAAGUAGAAUCAAGGCAGAGAAGCCAUAUGACAUUGGAUAAGAGGUAGUCAUUUACUUAAAUAAAAUUAAUACAGAUUAAACUUGUUUCAAGAGCUAUUGAACUUUCAAAUUUUCAGCAUACUCUUUUAUGAAUAUGAAGUAAUAGGUUAACAUGGUUUUCUCCGCCAUUCUUGUGCUCAAGAUUGCAUUGUAUUCUUUUGUUGGAAUUUAGAGAUUUUUUUUUCCAGCAAUAGUAAUGUUAGUUGCUAAUUCAGACGCUUUCUAAUACAGAAACAGACACUAAAGGCAUUAGCUGAGAAAACAGAGUAAAAAUCUACUGUUUUUUACUCCCCCUGAUUUUAAUGCGUCUUUUUCAAAAGUACCUAAGAUUAAGUCAUUGGGUUUACAUAAUGCCAUGUCCAUAUAACUUCAGGGGCUCCUUUGCAUCAUAUUCUUCAGAGCCAGUAUUGGCCCUCAAAGCAGCACUUUCCACCUCCUUCUACAGGGUACCGAAAAGGUUUAUUAGCAAAUUCACAGAUUAGGUGAGUCUUACAUAUGCAGUUUUAAAAAUUCUGAUUCCCAAAGAUAGUAAAUUUAAGUAUAUGCUUUAGGAAGUAUAUAUUAUUUACCAGUAACCUUCAUAAAAGCAGAAUAGGCUAUUUGGUAAUGUUAAUUUUCUCUUAUCUUCCAGUAGGUAUAUUUCUUGUUUGUGAAGUUAAAGUUCCUACCUACUUUAUAUGCUGUCCUUAUUAACAAAGCACUAAUCGUUUAAACCAAUCCAGCAGUAAAUAACAGGAAAAAAAAGGAUGACUGAAUAAGAGGAUAAUGAAUCUGUGAAUCGUAGCAGGAAUUUGAAAGAUUAACUGUGAUAGACAUUUUCUCUCAUUGAUUUUGUGCUGCAUGAAUAGAACAGAAGUGUUCUGUUUCAGAAGGUCUCUGGUAAAGUACUGUGACUGUUUACCUUUGGGUGUAUUGUGUGCUGUGUGUGACCGUUUUCAAACACUAGAGGGGGCCUUAGAUUUAAAUAAGCAAAAAGAAUUUUUUUGAAAAUAAAUAUGUGGUUUGUUUUGCUAUCAGUAAUGUGACCUUUUGGCCGUGUAACUUAACAAAUAAAAUCAUAAUGGUAUGCA